GAUUAACAGGUCGAGAAGUACCAGAAUCCAAAGUUUAAGAGUUUGGCAGAGCUAUUUUCCGCAAGGAUCUAGUAGGAUCCUUUGUUUCAAAACCUUCGUAAAUAGUUGAUUGAAAUUAAGACGAAACUUGUGCAAUGUACCACUGUCUCGUCACAUUAGUUUUCACACCAUAACAAACCCAUGAAACUUAAAAUUUUACUGAAAAACGUCAUUAAGCAUUUCUAAUAGUUUAAUUGUAAAUGUAAAAACGUUGUAAAGUUUAGGAAACUAAUAAAAUCUUCAAUAUUCACAUUUUAGCAAGAAAUUCAGUUGUUGGUCAUGUGAACGCUUCAAUGGAAGGUCUUCUAACAAUACGAUCCAACAAAGCUCAAAAUUGUAUGAAGAAUGUUUUUGAUGAACGACAGGAUAUUUACAAUUCGGCGACGUAUAUGGGUCUUGCGACUUCAAGAGCCUUAGGCUUAUUUGCAGAUUUAACAGGGUUUUUGUUCUUAUCAACGAUUAUCUGUUAUUUUUUCUUUUUUGCAAAGGGAGAAUUUGCGGGAAACGUAGGAUUAGCAAUCACCCAGUCCUUUUUGUUAACGGGUAUUUUGCAAAGGGGCAUUUGUAAUUGGGCCGAAUUAGAGACUAAAAUGACUAACGUUCAACGCGUAUUAGAAUUUGAAACCAUCGAAAGUGAAACAGAUUCAGGAAAUCGCCCGAAAGAGUGGCCAAAUAAAGGAAAAAUUGAAUUUAGAAAAGUCUCUUUACGAUAUAAAGCGGAUAGUAAUAACGUACUGAAUGAUCUUAAUUUUACAAUCGAACCGCAACAAAAAAUUGGAAUUGUUGGCCGAAGUGGUGCUGGCAAAUCAUCUAUAAUUGCGGUUAUUUUUAAGCUCUAUGAUGUAGAAGGACAAAUUUUAAUAGACGACGUCGAUAUAAGAAAUGUGAGCAACGAAUACAUAAGAAACAGCAUAUCAAUUAUCCCACAAGAUCCAAUUUUAUUCCCGGGAACGUUAAGAGACAAUGUCGAUCCAAAAGGAAAAAGUACAGACGCAGAUAUUUGGGAUGCGUUAGAAAAAGUUGAAAUGAAAUCGACGAUUAGCAAUUUUAAGAAAGGCAUCGAUACGGAAAUUCCUGAAGGAGGGUCGAUCUUCAGUGCUGGGCAGAGACAACUAAUCUGUUUUGCAAGAUCUAUUUUAAAACACAACAACAUCUUAGUCCUUGACGAACCGACAGCUAAUAUGGAUCCACAAACAGACGCAUUAAUCCAAAAAAUUGUAAAGAGCCGAUUUGAAAAUUGCACUGUUUUAACAAUAGCCCACAGAUUAAGUUCGGUAAUGAAUGCCGAUAAAAUCAUGGUUAUAGAUAGCGGAAGAGUAAUUGAAUAUGAUGAUCCGAACGUUUUGAAGGCCAACAGUGACAGUUUAUUUCAUCGAAUGUUAAAACGUGCGGGGUUAAUAUGAAUUUUAUAGUUAAAACAACAAAAAGAAAUUCAUACACAUAAACUUAAAAUAAAUAUUUACCAAAUU